AUGGGUUUUCCGGUGGGCUACUCCGAGCUCCUACUCCCAAAAAUCUUCCUUUAUUUACUCUCUUUCUUAGGCUUGAUCCGGAAACUCAUAUCCACAAUCUUCCGGGUCAUUGGUUUACCUGACUUCUUAGAACCCGACUCGGUUUCAUCUUCAUGGUCCGACCAAACACCAAACUCCAUCGACUCAAGCCACCAAGACUCUAACUUGUACUCAGCAGCGAUCCUAGCCGGAGAGAUCUUGCCGGUUGUUAAAUUCUCGGAUCUAAAUCGACCCGAAUCCGAAUGUUGUGCAGUUUGUUUAUACGACUUCGAAAACGACGAUGAGAUCCGACGGCUGACGAACUGCACGCAUAUCUUCCAUCGGGAAUGUUUGGACCGUUGGAUGAUGGGUUAUAAUCAGAUGACGUGUCCACUUUGUCGUACGCAGUUUAUACCUGAUCAUCUUCAAAUGGAGUUUAACCAAAGGCUUUGGUCUGAAUCUAGUGGAGUUUCUGAUCUUCUUGGUGAAUCAUCUUAG